UCUGAGGAUGCCUGCCAUAGAUGUGGGCAAAACGUCAGGAGAGAAUACUUCUAGAACAUGGCCAUACAGCCUGGAAAACAUACAACAACCCUAUCCAUAGUUCCAUUGUCAUGGACCAACCAUUAUCUGAUCAGGUUUAGACUAACUAUGACUCUAAAGCUCUGCAAGGGUGGGGGACUAAUAAAAAUGGUCCACCCCAGGAGGCUUAUGGAUCCAAAUGGAUUUCUGGUGGCUUUUGGGAAUUUUUCUGCGACCAUGGAAGGUGAUUCUGUCAAAGGCUUUCAUGGCCGGAAUCACAGGGUUGUCAUGUGUUUUCUGGGCUGUGUGGCCAUGUUCCAGAAGUAUUCCCUCCUGGUGUUUCACUCACAACUACACAGGCAUCCUUUUCAGCAGCCCAUUUAUUACCCUCACUUGUUACCGUUUUCUGUUUCAGAUCAAAACGAAGACAUGAAAAUCACAGUAAACUUAACAAAGCUAAGCCAGGCUGAAAAGGGAGAAAAGGCUACAUCCAUUGUGGUGGCUCAAGCAGGAUCCUCAAUAAGGCUACUAUGCCAUAUGGAUGGAAGGCCAAAUCUCACCCUGACCUGGAUGAAGGGGAACAUCAGCAACCCCAACGGGAGAAAAAACCAUGUACUCCGACUGACCAAAAUCACGCCAGAGGAUGCUGGGGAGUAUCAGUGCCAGGCAGAGAAUCAACAGCAAACUGUCCGGGUGACUGUGCAGUAUGCCCCAGAGCUCAGCAUAAGCCCUCAAAGAAAUACCACAUGUUGGCACCAGGACAAUAGUGUCCUCUGCCAUUGUUCCUUCAAGGCUCAACCUCCAGCUCAGAUUCAGUGGCAAGCAGAUGGAGAAACUAUAACCGAGGAGAGCAGCAGAAAGAACCUGAAGGUCACUUCCUUGAUCCAGGAGAAUGAGGUCACCAGCAGCUUCAACUGGACAGACAGCAUAGAGAUAGACCACAGGAUCCUAUGUGUUGCAAGCAACUCUUUUGGAGUCUACACAGUGCAGUUCCUCCUCAGCACCUUUAAAGACGGUAACACCAAAGAUUGUUCCCCAGGAGUCCCUGGUGAGAUGUUUACUGUAGAUGAGAUGCUUGCUAAUGAAUUUGGUAAUUUCAGCGCAACCAUUUUCCUCCUGUUGGGCCUCAUCAAGGCUUUAUUUUUCUCUCUCUUCUUUUUGUGCACUUUUUGGAAGGCUCUAUUGUCUCAAAAGGGUAAUGAGUGAUGUUGCUUUAGAUAACUCCAGUUCUUCAGCAUAAGAAAAAAAAAACAAGUUUGAAACUAGUCAAUUCCUGGACCAAACCUAUGCAUACAAUUGUCUACCUUGAUUCUGGAUUAGAGUUGCUAUUGUUCGUGAAAUUUCUUCUUAAUGAAAGCCUUGAGUAAUUUUAGCAAUCUUCUUCCCACUGGAAGAAUGCCUUUGAAAACUUUAAUUUUAAAAGCUUAUUUGCAAUUCAUGACUUAUUCUGGCACAGAAAAUAAACUUUUCCUUUCUCUGCUACACAACAUCCAAUAAAAGUAACGACUGCUCAAUGUGGA